CUUUUCCCCCCUGGGACUUGGGACUUCUGCCACUAACUACUCAAGGAAAGACAAUACUUACAUACAGGUUUCCAUUUCACUCAUCGUUUCAUUGACUUCCAAGGAAGUCCAUCACCUUGGGAGAUUCCUACCCUUCAUUCCCUCAUCGAGCGCAAGACUGUUUUCUUCUCUUUCUCUGACUCCCUAUCCCCCUCACUUUUCGCCAACCCCUAAUUCACAAACAUGUUAGCUCUACAGCAACAGCAACAACAACGAAGCAGGAGUAGUAGUGGUAGUCCUAGAAAUAUCUCCACCAGACGACAGCAAGCUCACCCCGAGGCCUUUUCCUCACGAUAUGGAGCCGGGAAAUCCAGCACACGCGUCCUGAGAACACGAUCUCGCGAACGACAAUCGAGUACCUCCCGCCGUCUACUACAACAACAACAUCGUCGGCGGGAGCCCCCUGAUAGCCCCCCAGAUGGCAGCUCCCUCACCCCGGCGACAGUCACCCUCUGCGUAGGACCCGAGAAGCGUCUCUUCGCCGCUCACAGGGACAUCAUCUGCGUCUCCCCUUAUUUCGCCGCCGUGUGCGCCCGUGCCCGUGCUGCCUCCACGGAUCCGAACAACACCUCCAACAAUCCCAUCUAUCUCCCCGACGAGCAGCCCGAGAUCCUGUCCUGCAUCCUCGAAUACCUCUACCGAGGCGACUACUUCCCGCGACUCCUGCACAACAAAACCCGAAACACCUGGCAGCUGGAGACGGCCUCUUCAACGACAGGGAGUAGCGAUGCUGAACCAGAUGGCGCAACCAUCUUCCAUCCGGGAGUAGGCGCGGAGAUCCUGAGAGAUACAGCUGUAUACUGCGCGGCCCAAAAAUACGGCCUGGAGACCCUGAAACGCCUCGCCCUCCGCAAGCAAGGGCUGCACUCGGGCAUCUCAUGCAGCACCAUCCUGACGAGCGCGCGCUACGCCUACGCGCACACGCCGGACACCGAGUCCAAGCUGCGGGCCCACUACCUCGCCCUCAUCAUCCGGAGCCGGUCGACCUUCAAGCGCAGCGGCACCAUGCAGAUGGAGAUGGAGCAAGGCGGGAAGCUGUUCUUCGAUCUGUUCGUCGCUAUGUGUAAUCAUAUGGAUGAUUUGACGGGUGCGUCGGGGAAACAGCAGCAGUCUAUGGCGAGUACGAUUACGUAGGCUCGGAGUGUAUGUGUUAUGACUCGGGAGUGAGGUGGCACUAUAGAUGAGGACGGGGUAGAUGUCGCCCCCCGGCCCACCACCACCUUCCCUGCUGGUUUUUCGGGGCGGAGAAUUGGGUGGGCUCUGGGUCUUCGGGCAUGUGGACUGUAUUAAGCUUGGCAAG